AUGACCCUGCAGAAGAUACAUUUUCUUUGGUGGAUGCACUUGAAGAAGACGCCACUGACCUACGAGCGUCUCCGCCACGUCUCCUAUGUGUGCACAGAUAUCAACACGGCGGCCGCAAAUUGCACACGAGAAACAGGCCACCGUAACGAUACAUGUCUUGAGCCAGUUGUGACUUCUACCUUGGAGGCACUUUUGCCCCGCAUCGAAGGCAUGGUAGACCUACUCCUAUUCAACCCCCCCUACGUCGUCACAUCGGACGAUGAAGAGCGUCUUGAGCAGAGCAGUGCCGGUCUUGGUGGCGCAUUGGCUGGUGGCGUGCAUGGUACGCACCUGAUUAAUACUAUGAUUCACAAUGGCAUCAUUGAGCGUGUCCUUUCUCCAGGAGGGCGCUUUUACUUGGUGGCAAUUCGUGCGAAUAAUCCACCGGCUCUAAUAGCCGCUCUACAAGCGCGGGGCUUGCAUGCUGAAGUACGUACACCGCUCUGA